AUGGCCCAAAAGAUGAGACUUGUAGAUAUAUUUGAUGGAGAAUCGAGUAGCAGUCUGGAGUAUCUUAUAGUCGAAUUAGUAGAUAAUGAAGGUGAUGGUCAAAGAGAUAAUUUUAAUGAUAUAAAGAAUUUGGGUAAAUGA